AUGAUAACUUUAACACGACUUCUAGACCGCCACGACGAGUGCUGCCCCCUAGUGGCGUGGGAGUGCAGCCCCCUAGUGGCGUGGGAGUGCUGCCCCCUAGUGGCGUGGGAGUGCUGCCCCCUAGUGGCGUGGGAGUGCUGCCCCCUAGUGGCGUGGGAGUGCAGCCCCCUAGUGUCGUGGGAGUGCAGCCCCCUAGUGGCGUGGGAGUGCUCCCCUAGUGGCGUGGGAGUGCUGCCCCCUAGUGGCGUGGGAGUGCUGCCCCCUAGUGGCGUGGGAGUGCUGCCCCCUAGUGGCGUGGGAGUGCUGCCCCCUAGUGGCGUGGGAGUGCUGCCCCCUAGUGGCGUGGGAGUGCAGCCCCCUAGUGGCGUGGGAGUGCAGCCCCCUAGUGGCGUGGGAGUGCAGCCCCCUAGUGGCGUGGGAGUGCUGCCCCCUAGUGGCGUGGGAGUGCUGCCCCCUAGUGGCGUGGGAGUGCUGCCCCCUAGUGGCGUGGGAGUGCAGCCCCCUAGUGGCGUGGGAGUGCAGCCCCCUAGUGGCGUGGGAGUGCAGCCCCCUAGUGGCGUGGGAGUGCUGCCCCCUAGUGGCGUGGGAGUGCAGCCCCCUAGUGGCGUGGGAGUGCUGCCCCCUAGUGGCGUGGGAGUGCUGCCCCCUAGUGGCGUGGGAGUGCAGCCCCCUAGUGGCGUGGGAGUGCAGCCCCCUAGUGGCGUGGGAGUGCAGCCCCCUAGUGGCGUGGGAGUGCUGCCCCCUAGUGGCGUGGGAGUGCAGCCCCCUAGUGGCGUGGGAGUGCAGCCCCCUAGUGGCGUGGGAGUGCAGCCCCCUAGUGGCGUGGGAGUGCAGCCCCCUAGUGGCGUGGGAGUGCUGCCCCCUAGUGGCGUGGGAGUGCAGCCCCCUAGUGGCGUGGGAGUGCAGCCCCCUAGUGGCGUGGGAGUGCUGCCCCCUAGUGGCGUGGGAGUGCUGCCCCCUAGUGGCGUGGGAGUGCAGCCCCCUAGUGGCGUGGGAGUGCUGCCCCCUAGUGGCGUGGGAGUGCUGCCCCCUAGUGGCGUGGGAGUGCUGCCCCCUAGUGGCGUGGGAGUGCAGCCCCCUAGUGGCGUGGGAGUGCUGCCCCCUAGUGGCGUGGGAGUGCAGCCCCCUAGUGGCGUGGGAGUGCAGCCCCCUAGUGGCGUGGGAGUGCAGCCCCCUAGUGGCGUGGGAGUGCAGCCCCCUAGUGGCGUGGGAGUGCUGCCCCCUAGUGGCGUGGGAGUGCUGCCCCCUAGUGGCGUGGGAGUGCUGCCCCCUAGUGGCGUGGGAGUGCUGCCCCCUAGUGGCGUGGGAGUGCUGCCCCCUAGUGGCGUGGGAGUGCUGCCCCCUAGUGGCGUGGGAGUGCUGCCCCCUAGUGGCGUGGGAGUGCUGCCCCCUAGUGGCGUGGGAGUGCUGCCCCCUAGUGGCGUGGGAGUGCUGCCCCCUAGUGGCGUGGGAGUGCUGCCCCCUAGUGGCGUGGGAGUGCUGCCCCCUAGUGGCGUGGGAGUGCUGCCCCCUAGUGGCGUGGGAGUGCUGCCCCCUAGUGGCGUGGGAGUGCAGCCCCCUAGUGGCGUGGGAGUGCUGCCCCCUAGUGGCGUGGGAGUGCAGCCCCCUAGUGGCGUGGGAGUGCUGCCCCCUAGUGGCGUGGGAGUGCUGCCCCCUAGUGGCGUGGGAGUGCUGCCCCCUAGUGGCGUGGGAGUGCUGCCCCCUAGUGGCGUGGGAGUGCAGCCCCCUAGUGGCGUGGGAGUGCUGCCCCCUAGUGGCGUGGGAGUGCUGCCCCCUAGUGGCGUGGGAGUGCUGCCCCCUAGUGGCGUGGGAGUGCUGCCCCCUAGUGGCGUGGGAGUGCUGCCCCCUAGUGGCGUGGGAGUGCUGCCCCCUAGUGGCGUGGGAGUGCUGCCCCCUAGUGGCGUGGGAGUGCAGCCCCCUAGUGGCGUGGGAGUGCAGCCCCCUAGUGGCGUGGGAGUGCAGCCCCCUAGUGGCGUGGGAGUGCAGCCCCCUAGUGGCGUGGGAGUGCUGCCCCCUAGUGGCGUGGGAGUGCACGCCUCACACUCCCCAGUAAAAUUACUGAACAAGUUGGAGGAUAUUAAUCCAGACCACUUCUUUAACAGGUCAAAUGUAAGGGAACAAUGGCUUCAAGUUCAACAAACCACAAUGUAG